GGACCUCUCCCCACGUACCGAAGAUCUGCUAGUGUGAGUUUGAUUGUACGGCACAUCAGUAGGCUACUAUGGCUCCACAAUAUGCACCAAGUUUGCGCUUUCGUCUGGCACCCAUAUUACUUUUAAUUCAAAUAUUUUUUAUAGCUAUAUUUGCCUGUUAUUUCGAGAUUGACAGUCAAAUAAAAGCACGAGAUGGAACUGCCUUUAACACCUUUUAUCCAGAGUUCCAAGACGUGAAUGUUAUGGUGAUUCUGGGUUUUGGCUUUUUGGGUACAUUUCUUGUGAGAUAUGGAUUCAGCAGCACAGGGUUCAACCUCCUCGUGGCAGUGUUGGCAGUCCAGUGGGCUCUGAUACUCAACGGUUUGGAGUCCUGGUAUUACAGAGGGAAGAUCGUGAUUAAUUUAAGAAGCUUGGUUUAUGCAGAGAUCUGCGCAGUGCCUGCUCUCAUUUCAAUUGGGACCAUCUUGGGAAAGACAAACCCUGUCCAUCUUACCCUAAUUGCUCUUUUUGAAGUGUCAGGAUUUGUUCUUAAUGAUUGGCUGCUGCACAUUAUUACAAAGGUCCGGCCCUUGAACAGCAUUAUGCUGCUGCACAUAUAUGGAGCCUUUUUUGGCCUCAUGUUAACCUGGUUUCUGUAUAGAAAAGGAUCAGAGCAGCUAUUUGAGAAAGAGAAACUCUCUCAUACAUCAGGACUGUUCUCCAUGCUGGGAACUCUGUUUCUGUGGAUGUUUUGGCCCACAUUUAAUUCAGUGCUAGUGGACAAUUAUCCACGUGGGAGAAAAUUUGAGGCAGUGUGCAGCACCUACUUGUCUUUGGCUGUCAGCGCAGUAACUGCUGCUGCUGUGUCUGUGGUGACGAGUCCUAAAGGGAAACUCAACCUAGUCCAGAUCCAGUCAAGUAUACUUGCUGGUGGUGUUGUCAUUGGAGUGGCUAUGCCAGUUGUUCACAAACCAUGGGAAGCCAUGACUUUAGGAUUUCUUGCAGCAGUUUUAUCAACCAUUGGGUACAAAUAUCUGAAGAACCACAUGGUUGCUGUAUUCCAGUGCCAUGACACCUGCUCCAUCCUAAGCACUUACGGUCUUCCUGGUCUAUUGGGGUGGCUGGCACAGUUCCUGCUGUUGAAGGACUUUGAUGAUCACACAACGGCAAUUCGCUUUGCAGUGUUUCACAUUACUAGUCUCUUCAUCACCUUGAGUCUUAGCCUAUCCGCUGGAAUAAUAACAGGGAUUCUACUCAAAUGGAAGUUCUGGAAACCACCUCAGGACAGAAAAUGUUUUGAUGAUCAGGCAUUCUGGGAGUUUCCCCACCUUGUUGUAAAAAAGUAAAAUGGACUUAAGGUGGCUACAUGUGUGCUUUUUGUGGUCACAUUAAAUAACCAAACUGCU